AUGCACAGCAAAAAGGGUUGCUCUGGUUCUAAGUUGCUCUUCUCUCAUUCUUCUCCCAAAAGGAAUAAUGUGUGUUUGUGUGGUGACUUUAAUGCCGUGAGGUCGGUGGAGGAACGGCGUUCUACAAGAGCCCAGUCUAGUGUGGGAGAUGUUGUUCCGUUUAACCGGUUUAUUGAGGAAAAUUCGUUGGUAGAUCUUCCUCUUUGUGGCCGCAAUUUUACUUGGUAUAAAGGGGAUAGUACUUCUAUGAGUCGCCUUGAUAGAUUUCUUUUAUCGGAGGAGUGGUGCUUGGUUUGGCCUAAUUGUUUGCAAGUGGCUCAUUUGAGGGGUUUAUCAGAUCAUUGCCCUUUGUUUCUUUCGGUGAAUGAAGAUAAUUGGGGACCGCGUCCAUCGCGUAUGUUAAUAUGUUGGUCAGAUGUUCCUGGUUAUAAACAGUUUGUCAUUGAUAAGUGGCGAGAGUUAUCUAUUCAAGGGUGGGGCAGAUUUGUUUUGCAGGAAAAAUUGAAAAGGAUGAAAUUUGCAUUGCGAGAGUGGCAUCGCACUCAUGUCAGUAAUUUACCGGGGAGAAUUCAGGCUUUCAAACAGAGAGUGGAUGUAUUGGAAACAAAGGCGGAACAGUUGCAGUUGUCAGAUGAGGAAUUAGCUUUUUUGCGAAGUUCUACUGUGGAUAUUCACUCUUUGUCACGGUUGAACACUAGUAUUUCUUGGCAACAAUCGCGGUUAUCAUGGUUAAAAGAUGGUGAUGCCAAUUCUAAAUAUUUUCAUGCAGUCUUGGCUGCUAGGCGUCGCGGUAACUCUAUUAAUUAUCUGAAUGUCGAUGGUCUUAUAGUUGAAGGUGUUAUUCAAGUUCGUGAAGCGGUGUUUAACUAUUUUUGCCUAUUGAAGUCGUGA